UCCAUCAAAGUUAUCAAAUUUUCUCUAUAAAAACGGCUCUGAAAUCCUGUUCAACACUCUCGCCUCCGCCGUCUUCCGAUACUAUAGUCGUACCGACCAAUUUUUCAAAAUGAUGAAACUCGUGAUCCUCGCCCUGGCCUGCCUGUCUCUGGCAAGUGCUGGCUUCAUCAAGCCUUCAUACGGCUAUGGUUACGGAGGAUAUGGCGGAGGAUAUGGUGGAUAUGGUGGAGGAUACGGCGGAGGAUAUGGCGGAGGAUAUGGAGGCUUGGGCGGCUUUGGAGGAGGAUUUGGAGGCAUGGGAUUCGGCGGCUGGGGAGGCAUGGGCGGAUUUGGUGGCUUCGGCGGCUGGGGAGGCAUGGGAGGCGGAUACGGCGGCGGAUACGGAUACGGCAAGAAAAUGUACUAUUAGAUCUGUACUAGUACGUUUACUUACGGAUAACCUGGACACCUCGUGACAAAGAACAUAGCUGUGUGUUAAUAUGAACUCACCUAACUCAAUUUGAAAUUAAAAUUUGCGUUCCUAA